ACUCAACUUCUGUCGAGAACAUUCCGCGGCUGUCGUCUGCCAUUCGCCUUUUUGAAUCAUUCACCACUUUCAGGUUAGAAUCGCGUUGUAGUCUCGUGAAUUGUUCGGUGUGUGAAAAUCUGUUUUGCAAAAAUGGCUUUAUCCGUUCCAAAGGCGCCUGGCAUGGCUCAGAUGAUGAAGGAGGGAGCACGCAUGUACAGCGGGCUGGAGGAAGCCGUUUACCGGAACAUCAGCGCCUGCAAGGAGUUCGCCCAAAGUGUUCGCUCCGCAUAUGGCCCCAACGGCAUGAAUAAAAUGGUCAUCAAUUAUCUCGGCAAGCAGUUCGUGACUUCUGAUGCAGGGACAAUCAUGCGAGAACUGGAUGUAGAGCAUCCAGCCGCCAAGCUAAUGGUGAUGGCCAGUCAAAUGCAGGAAGCUGAGGUUGGAGACGGCACCAACUUUGUGGUGGUCUUCGCAGGAGCUCUCCUGGAAGGUGCCGAGGAACUCCUCCGAUUGGGCGUGACGACAAGUGAAAUCUCGGAAGGUUACGAGAAGGCCUUAGAAAAAGCCCUGGAGAUCCUAGACAAAUUAGUUUGUUAUGAAAUUAAGGAUUACCGGGACCUGAACCAGGUCAGAGACUGCAUUCGCACCGCGGUCAUGUCCAAACAGUACGGCCAGGAAGAUUUAAUUGCCGAUUUAAUCGCAAAAGCUUGCAUAUCAAUCCUUCCGGAGAAGUCCACGUUCAAUGUUGACAACAUCCGGGUUUGUAAAAUUCUUGGCAGUGGCCUGACCCGCUCGGAAGUUCUGAGGGGAAUGGUCUUCAAACGACACGUCGAAGGCGAUGUCUCGGUCGCGGAAAAGGCAAAGAUCGCUAUUUUCUCAUGCCCCGUGGACAUCAUCCAAACCGAGACAAAAGGCACAGUUUUGAUCAAGUCUGCCGAGGAACUUAUGAACUUCAGCCGCGGCGAGGAGAACCUUCUUGAACAGCAAAUCAAAGCGAUCGCUGACACAGGAGCCAAGGUGGUCGUCGCAGGAGGCAAAUUUGGAGACAUGGCCUUGCAUUUCCUGAACAAAUACGGAAUCAUGGCCGUGCGUCUCAACUCUAAAUUCGAUUUGAGGAGGCUGAGCAAGGCAGUGAAUGGUACAGUUCUGCCAAGGAUUACUGCUCCUACGGCCGAGGAACUAGGCUACUGUGACAAGGUUUGCAUCGAGGAAUUGGGUGAUACUUCCAUUGUGGCGUUCAGGAAUGAAGGAGCCGAUUCCAGGAUUGCUACGAUUGUCAUUCGUGGAGCGACUGACGGAUUCAUGGACGAUAUUGAGCGAGCAAUCGAUGAUGGUGUGAACACAUUCAAGGGGUUGACCCGGGAUGGACGAUUCGUCCCUGGUGCUGGUGCAACAGAAAUCGAAUUAGCUCAACAAUUAUCUGAAUAUGCCGAUACUCUGCCUGGAUUAGAUCAAUAUGCUGUUCGUAAAUUCGCCGCAGCACUAGAAGUAUUCCCCAAGGCGUUGGCAGACAACACUGGAGUCAAUGCCACUGAACUAGUUCAUAAAUUAUACUUAGCUCACAAGGAGAAGGGAAAGAAUUAUGGCUUUAAUAUUGACGCUGAGCAAGCUGAUGUUAUCGACGUAACAACAACCAAAAUCUACGAUUUGUACGCAUCAAAAUGGUGGGGCCUUAAAUACGCAACGAGCGCUGCAUCAACUAUCCUCAAAGUCGACCAAAUUAUUAUGGCAAAACGUGCGGGCGGUCCAAAAGCACGACAACCAGCCGGAAGUGAUGAUGAGUCUUAGAUUUAGUUGUGUUCGAAACUAUACAUUCUCACGUUCACUAUUUUAACUUUUAUUUUUUCACUUAAAUCUAUAUAUAUUUACCAUGUAGAUUUCUGUUAAGGCUUUCGAUUAACAUUUAUAAUUUACAAAACAUAAUUUAACUUAAUGAAAUUUCGACUGGUCUGAAGAAGUCGACCUCAGUAUGUACCAUCGCCAGGAGAAAUGGACACGCGAAUCGAUGGCUUAAUACAUCAUUUAGGCAAAUGUGUUCCAUGUUAUUUUCACGCACUCUAACCAGAGAAUAAAACAUUUGUAUGAUUUACACGCGAAA